AUGUCAAUAGCUAUCUGGCCUCCCGUGUCCCCGGCGGACCUGCUUCAUAAGAAGGAGGAAUCGCUCAGACGCGAGCUCGAUUGGAUCGUCACGGAAACACACGUCGUCUUAAAGGACAUCCGCCAUGGCCUACAGGACUGCUACGCGCUUCUGGCCCCCAUCGACCCAGGCAGCACCCUCGUCAUGAGCACACAACGCAACGAGCGUGUCAAGGGGACGGUGACCCGGGUCGGCACGCGUAUAGUCAAAGGACUCCGAACGCUCCCGACCCAGACCCUGAGCCUCGACCCCUCGCACCCGAUUCACAUCGCCGCACUCGAGACGAUUCACACCCACCUCACCGAAUGCCUCGACCUCCUCUCUUUAACAGACACCCCCACCCCCUCCACGAACCCCUCACAGCUUGCCGCGCAGCUUCGCAUCAUCGCCGCCUCCCUAGCCGAGUCUUCCUCCCUCCUCAAGGGCCCACCCCUCAACGAGUCCGACCCCCGCUGGCAGACCGACUCCUGCCCGCCCGUCCACUUCGCCCCGGCCCUUGGUCCCAACAUCAGCUUCCACCUCGGCCUGCAGGAGUCGAGUCUGGUCCUCUGGCUGCGCGCCCUUGAGCCUGUCGACACGCCGGUGCACUUUGGAACCAAGCUCGGCCUGGCGCUAGGCACUGUCCGCAGACUGGAGCAUGACGAGAUGGACCGGCCCUUCCGCUUCGCGUACAGUACCGUUACGGACGGCGGGCAGAAGCAUAAGCACGGUACGGGGCAUCCGCCGAGCAGCGGAAGCAGUCCCGGCGGGCUGGGUACGCCGUCAAGCAACGGCGAGGCCAACGAGGUGUACGUGCGGGAAAAGGUGCGCGUCGAAAGCCUGCCGGACCCGAAUUUGAUGUCGUUGUCCUCGAAGCUGAUUGCUCUGGGCCACACGCUGGCUAGUGCCAGAAGGAAUCUGGCGGCUGUCAUGGGCGAGGAGUUUGAUGAAUGA